CUCCAAUUCUUGACAAUACAUCUUCCUAUAUAAACAAGAAUUUUGGCUUCUCAUCGUCACUGACCCACCUUCUGUUUACUGAUUGGGCCAGUGGAAGAGGAAGGGGUUCUCUUGAUUCCACUUGUCUUUUCAGUUCUAUUUAGUCUGUAGCAGCAAUUAAUGAUGUAUUCUAAGAACUCCGUAGUUGGGGGUUUUCUGUUUCUAAUAGCCUUUGCCUGUUGGAUUAAUGCCAAGAGCAGCGAAGCUUUUGGGACUUUCGGAUUCGACAUCCACCACAGGUAUUCUGACACUGUGAAGGAUUUCUUGGACGUUGAUGGGCUGCCGGAAAAGGGCUCUCUUGACUACUACGCCGCCAUGGCCCACCGGGAUCAGCUCUUCAAGGCCCGCCGUCUCGCCACUUCCUCCGCCACCACUCCCCUCCUCACUUUCUUGGGUGGCAACGAGACGUUCCGUCUCAGCUCUCUCGGAUUCUUGCACUAUGCAAUUGUUACUGUGGGUACCCCUCCUUUAACAUUUCUUGUCGCACUUGAUACCGGCAGCGACCUAUUUUGGUUACCGUGUGAUUGUACCAACUGUGUACGUAGCUUGAACUCCACGUCCGGGAAGCAACUAGAUCUAAACAUAUACAGCCCUAGUACAUCGUCAACCAGCCAGCCCAUUCCAUGCAAUAGCACUAUGUGUGGACCGAGAAGAGGAUGUGCCCUCAGGCUCAAUGCCUGUGCUUACCAGGAGGUAUAUCUUUCCAGCAACACCUCAACUACAGGGAUAUUGGUUGAUGAUGUUCUGCACUUGGGCACCGACGAAAAUCCACAAGGCCUUGUUGAGGCCCCAAUUACGUUGGGAUGUGGGAUGAUUCAAACUGGUGAUUUCUUAGAUGCUGCUGCUAUCAAUGGUCUAUUUGGGCUCGGGAUGGACAAUAUUUCCGUUCCUAGCAUUUUGGCUAGCAAAGGACUUACUGCAAAUUCUUUCUCCAUGUGUUUCGGGCCUGACGGCAUUGGAAGAAUCGAGUUUGGUGAUAAAGGGACUCCAGGCCAAAACGUAACUCCAUUCAAUGUUGAACAAUUGCACCCAACUUAUAAUGUCACUGUUACACAAAUAGCUGUGGGAAGUAACGUCACCGAUGUCGAGUUCACAGCAAUCUUCGACUCGGGCACAUCGUUCACGUACUUGAACGACCCAGCUUACUCAGUUAUUGUAGAGGGUUUUAACUCUCGGAUAACGGAGCCACGUUAUCAACCUGUGAGGAAGAUUAUUUUUGACUAUUGCUAUGAACUGAGUGCAACACAAAAUAGCUAUUUCAUUCCAAAAUUGAACUUUACAAUGAAAGGCGGAAGCCAGCUUUUGAUUACUGCACCAACAAUUGUAAUUCCUCGGCAGGGUGGAUAUGCAUAUUGUUUGGCUGUUGUCAAAAGUGGGGAUAUUAACAUCAUUGGACAAAAUUUCAUGACUGGCUACCGCAUGGUGUUUGAUCGUGAGGAGAUGGUUUUGGGUUGGAAAGCAUCCGACUGCUACGAUUCCGUCUCAUCUAACAAUGGAACAAACACUCUACCCGUUGACAAGGGCAGCCCUGCUGGUGCUCCUCCACCUUCCGUUCUCGAGCCAGAAGCCACGCCCAACAGAACUCGCUCAGCUCCUUCACCACCGCCGCCGCCACCGCCACCACCAACAUCAACAAGACCGCUCUUUGGAAACGAUGCAGCCCGGAUUAGUUCCAUGGCUAACAGUCUUCUGAUGGUCAUGCUUUCCAUUUUCCUCCAUCACUUCUUCGUUCUUUCUACAUGAGGGUUUUACCAAAUACUUUUUUGCCUUAUAUUUUACUAUUCUUGUUUACAUUAAACCACAGGCAAACAUGGCAUAUUAUUUGUGUCUAAUUCUUUACAUGAAUGUCGGAACACUUUAUGUACAUAGGCAUUUUUCAACUUCAAUAACUACUACUGGCAGCUCUAAGGAUGGCAGAUGUUGAUUCUAGCUUGCUUUAUGAACAGGCUGGCAGUACACUGCUCUUUGUAUUUUGUUUUUGUAACACAUGUAUGCUACAUUGCAUUAUUUGUUUUCUUAUCAGAUAAAAAUAUAUUGGUUUCCAUCAAA